AAACUCAUUGCACUUUAGUAUAUAUUGAAAUAUUAAAUGCAAAAGCAUUUCAAACAAUGAAUAUGAAAUGAAAGUUAGUUAUUAAAAUAUGAGAAUCAUUUCGGGCUCCUUAAUGGACCUGCGUCCGAACAGAAACGCAUUUGCAAAUUGCCCAAAUUGUUGGCCAGCUGUGGCUCACAGCGAUAAAUGGGCUGUGGAAAUCAACAAACGUCAAACAGGCAGCAAAGAGCAACCAUCCAACCACAUUUACUGACCAUCCGGAUGCACUUCAACUUUCCACCCUGUUGCGUACAAUCAACGCGAGCCACGGUUAUGGAAAAGCAGUGGCAUUGGGUCACCCGCUGGCACACGACAACGACAACCGUUGUCCUCCUCAUCGUCGUCGUCGUCGAAUUGUUGCAAAAGUGCGAAACCGCAAAUGUUAAGCACAACACAGAAGUCAACGCCGCCACCCAAACAAACCCACCGACUUUAACGGCGACAACCGCAACGAGACCCACUCGAUGAUGCCGUCGACAAAGCUCUUCAAUUUGCUUGCCAUCUAUUAUGGCAGCUCAUUGUGGGAUUACCGAACACAACCACAACCACAACCACUAGACACACUGCCAACCACCAACGAGCGUUGGCGAUGAAGCUCACAUCAAGAGGAGAGAGGCAAGGGUAUUGAGCAAUUGCUAAUAAAAAGG